AUGCCUGUCGAGAUUGGAAACUUGGCCCUCCUGGCGUCCUUGGGCGUCUUAACGACGGUAAUCACGCUGCACGAGGUGGGACACCUUGUGGCGGCGCUAUCGCAGGGCAUCAAGGUGGAGGCGUUUUCCGUCGGCCUAGGUCCGAAGCUACUCUCUUACCGCGCGGCGGACGGGAAAGGCGGAUUAUUGAAGGGGAAGCUUUCGGGGCCGUUCUCGUCCCCGGAAAACGUCGAAGAGAAAAUAGUCGAGCCGGAGAAAAAGGAGGUGAAGAAAGCAACCAGCAUUUGGGCGUGGGGAAAGAAGAAGGAGGAGAAAAAAGAAGAGGUGGUGGUGGAGAAGAAGGAGCCGGAAGGAGUGGAGUACGCACUCAGGGCCCUCCCGGUGGGCGGCUACGUGAGCUUCCCGAACAACUACGAGGUAGACGAGGAUGGGGUGGUGACAGAGCUCGAUGAUCCCGACCUGCUGUACAACCGGGGUCCCUUCUCGCGAGCGAUUGUCGUCGCGGCGGGGGUUGUCGUCAACUUCGCGUUGGCAUGGGCGUGCAUCUUCGGGUCCGUGACGACUGGAGGGAUUGUUCAACCCCACUACCAGCCGGGUCUGCUCGUCAAUCAGUUGACGGAUCCAAAAGGCGGGGCAGCGAUGGCGGGCAUCCAGCCGAAGGAUGUUCUGCUGACUAUCAACGGGAACAGUCUAGCGGGCGACAGCACGAGCGUCGAGAGAGCCGUGAAGCUGAUCCGGGCGUCAGAGGGCAAGCCGGUGGCGAUUGAGGUCGCCCACCAGGGAUCUCAGCCAAAGACGCGGAUGGUCCAGACCGCUAUCGGGACGUCGGGAAAGUACACGGUGGGCGUCCUCCUGGCCCCCAACCUGGAAUCGGUGGACAGGAGGACGGCGGACAACCCCGUGGAGGCUGCCGGGGUGGCCUUUAAGGAGACGGCGGCGCUGUCGUCGAAGACGUUCGAUUCCUUCCUCAGGCUCGCUUCGACGGGGCAGACGGAAGACGUCUCCGGCCCUGUCGAGAUCGUCAAGGUGGGGGCGGAGGUAGCCAGGUCGGAGGGUCCGUCGGCCCUUCUGCAGUUCGCGGCGGUGAUCUCCGUCAAUCUGGCUGUGAUUAACUCUCUCCCCGUCCCGGGGCUGGAUGGGGGCCAGAUGGUGUUUGUCCUGGCGGAGAUCGUCAGCGGCAAGAAGCUCGACCGGUAAACGUUUUAUUCGAGCGGUGCUCACGGGAGGCUUGGGGUAGAGAAAGUCAUGUCUAUUGUUGUUGUUGUUGUUGUUGUUGUUGUUGUUGUUGUUGUUGGUAUGUGUCUUGUUGUCGUGGCUAUUGUUGUUGGUGGUGUUG